UAUUCCGGUCUCCGUGGACUCCGUGUGGUUCUCAGUAUUUGGGUUUCCAGCCAUCAGACUGCUGCUGAGUCCAGGAGGAGGUUCUGCUGAACCGGGUUACUUUCUAAAUACUGGAGACUCUCCGUACACUAUCGAGCCAUGUCUCCCUCAGUCCCCCUUCAGGAGAUGAUCCGGGCCAUCAGGUCGGCCAGGACGCAGUGUGAGGAGCGAGGAGUCAUCCAGAGGGAGUGUGCAGCCAUCAGGGCCCAGUUCAGACAAGCGGACAACGGGGGGCGGUCGCACAACCUGGCCAAGCUGCUCUACGUGCACAUGCUGGGCUACCCGGCUCACUUCGGUCAGAUGGAGUGUGUUCGGAUGAUCGCCAGCCCUCGCUACAGUGAGAAGCGAGUGGGAUAUCUUGGAGCCAUGAUGCUGCUGGACGAGAAGCAGGACGCCAGUUUGCUCAUCACCAACUCCAUCAAGAAUGACCUGUCCCACAGUAACCAGUAUGUCCAGUCUCUGGCUCUGUGCACGCUGGCCUGUAUGGGCUCAGCAGAGAUGUGCAGAGAUCUGGCUCCAGAGAUCGACAGGCUCCUCCGAGCCUCCAACUCCUACAUAAAGAAGAAGGCUGCUCUGUGUGCUGUUCACAUCGUGAGAAAAGUCCACGAGCUCGGGGAGCUUUUUGCCCCCGCGGCCCGUUCCCUCCUGUCUGAGAAGAACCACGGUGUGUUACACGGUGCCGUGGUGCUCAUCAUCGAGCUGUGUGAGAGGAACCCAGAAACACUGGAGCGCUUCAGAAAGACGGUGCCAGAUCUGGUCCAGAUCAUGAAAGGUCUGGUCCUUUCGGGUUAUUCUCCGGAGCAUGACGUGGCAGGAAUCAGCGAUCCCUUCCUACAGGUACGCAUCCUGAGGCUGCUGAGGAUCCUCGGACGCAACAACGAAGGAGCCAGUGACGCCAUGAACGACCUGCUGGCUCAGGUGGCGACCAACACUGACAGCACAAAGACGGUGGGCAACGCGGUGCUGUACGAGACCGUCCUCACCGUGCUGCACAUCAAGUCAGAGAGCGGCCUCAGGGUUCUGGCUGUCAACAUCCUGGGAAGGUUUCUCCUCAACAACGACAGGAAUAUACGGUACAUCGCCAUGACAUCUCUUCAGAAGAUUGUGGGGACGGACCACAAUGCAGUGCAGCGCCACCGGGGGACCAUCGUGGACUGCCUGAAGGACCAGGACGCUUCUGUCAAGCGCCGUGCGUUGGAGCUCUCCUUGGCGCUGGUGUCGGCCUCCAACAUCCGCUCCAUGAUGAAGGAGCUGCUCCUCUUCCUCUCCUCCUGCCCCCCGGAGCUGCGCUCUCACGCUACCAGCGGCAUCUUCAACGCUGCAGAGAGGUAUGCUCCCUCCCAGCGCUGGCACAUUGACACCAUCCUGCAUGUCCUCACCACGGCAGGGGGCGACGUGCGAGAUGAAACGGUUCCCAACCUGAUCCAACUCAUCACCAACGCCUCGGAGCUGCACUGUUACACUGUUCACAAGCUCUACCGGGCCCUGCUCACUGACAUCUCUCAGCAAUCCCUGGUGCAGGUGGCGUGCUGGUGUAUAGGCGAGUACGGGGACCUGCUGCUGAGAGGAGAGUGUCAGGAGACGGAGCCUGUUCAGGUCACAGAGGACGACGUCCUGGACGCCUUGGAAACGGUCCUGCAGUCCCACAUGUCGUCCCCGGCAACCAGAGGCUUUGCUCUCACCGCCACCAUGAAACUGAGCACACGGAUCACUGAUAAUGUGGAUCGCAUCAGGAGCAUCGUCAGCAUCUACGGCAGCUGUAUAGACGUGGAGCUCCAGCAGAGGGCAGUUGAAUACAACGCUCUGUUCAAGAAGUAUGACCACAUGAGGGCAGCAGUGCUGGAGAGGAUGCCUGUGAUAGAGAAGAACUCUCCGGGUCAUACCAACGGAGAGUCGACGGGGGAGACCAUCAAGGAAAUACUGCCGGCCAAAAUCAAGCAGGGAGAGACACUGCUGGCCCAGCAACCUGCCAACCAGGUGUGUGAUCUGUUGGACCUGCUGGGAGGCUCUGAGACUGAGACUCUGCAGCCCAGCAGCACAGCAGCACCUGGCCUGUCCAUCAACACCAGCAGCGCUGCAGGAGGAGACCUGCUGGAUCUGCUGGGAGGCUUAGAGCCCGCCCCCCUCGCCCCAGCUCCCACGGUGCCGGUGUACGAGAAGGACGGUGUGACUUUGACACUAAGUUGUGAGAAACAGUCAGACACCAGCCUGACAGUCACGCUAACAGCCUCCAACUCCACUGAGUCAGACAUCAGCAGCUUCACCCUGCAGGCGGCCGUGCCCAAGAGUGUCCAGUUACACAUGAAGGCUCCCAGUGGAGACGCUCUUCCUGCACGAGGCUCAGCCAAGGUGACGCAGAUGGUCGUCCUCAACAACCCAAACAAGGUAAACCUGAAGAUGAGGGUGCGUGUGUCCUACACCAUCCGAGGAUCAGCCUUCCAGGAUACGGUCCAGAUCGACUCCUUCCCCGGACUCAACGCUGCCGGACACUGACAGCGGCCGAUCGGUCCGACAGGACGCUGACCGAAGGUCCUCACACCCUCGACACUACUGUCCAAGCUGCUGCUUCUCAAAUUCCUUCUUCUUCUCCUUUUAUUUUCUUUUGGUAGUGUUUCUACAGCUGAAGAACACACAGGAAGUCCCAGCCUCGCACAUGAACUCACAUAGACCCCUCCCACCUCAAGUGUUAAUGUGACCGAUGGCAUUAUUUAAUAUGGCACAAGCUUUGGAAUACACCUAAAACAUAUGAAAAUACUGACAAAUUGAGUAGUUUUUCUGGGAUUUUUUAACUGUCUGGACUUUUUUUUUCACUCCAUUAUAAACACGUACUUUGAUGCACCACUAGAUCACUUAUUGUCCUCACAUAACACUCCUCUACUCAGUCAGGCAGCUUAGCAAAAUAAAGGGGACACGUCGAACAAAAAGCACCACAUUUUUUCCACAUGCUCUUUAUCAUCUUAAGUUUGAUGGCAGCCAUAUAAAAUCUAUGAGAACAAUUAUAUCUUCCAAGCCACUCAGAAGGUCAAUCUUGGUGUCAAAAUCUACAUUUUCUGGGUCAAAGAAUCCAUUAAAGCUAUUGAGAAUAUCACUAGAACAGGGAUGGGCAACUGGAGGCCCGGGGGCCACAUACGGGCCGCACCCUCACUUGAAGUGGCCCUCAGUACAACUACAUGCAUUUGAGUAUAAAAUCUUAAAAGUGCAGUGUAAAAAUGCCCAAAAUUACUUCUUGCAAUUAAUGUUGGUCUGCUGUUCUUACACUGAAAAAAUUUAAAUCACAGUAAGUGGUUAUUUUUUAUUUGCUUCAAACCUUUUGUAUUCCUAUUUAUACUGUUAAACAUGCAUUUGAGCAUGAAAUAUGUUAAGUUACUGCACUGUAAACAUAUUUAAAAUUGCAGUUUCAUCAUAUCUGGUUAAGUGCACGCUCCUAUAUGUGGCCCUGUGGUAGUGAACAUGAAAAAUUGUGGCCCCCUGCAGCAUUUAAGUUGCCCAUCCCUGAAUUAGAUGAUUAUUUGAUCGAGUAGAUAUGUUAAUUUUGCCCAUGUAUUUACAUAACUGAGUUC